CCCUAAAGAAGGUCGGCUUUAACAAAAAGAAACCGUUUGAACUUCUCUGAUCAGGCCGUCUUCUGUUGAUGUUGGUUCGCGACGCAAUUCGAAAGUUUUCUUCUCCUCAGGAAGUUGAUCUCCUGGAUCGGAGUGUCAAAAAGAUCAAAGAGUGUUCUGUGGGCCAUUCUUUGGCCAAGAACUCGAGUACUGAAAUGAUUUCCACAUCCGUUCCUGGUGCUGCGGUAGCCUCACCGGAGAACCCAGAGAUUGUGAUGGGUGGGUGCUCCGAACCUUCGAUUGGGAACAAUUCUCAACAUGCAACUGUCUCCCGAAAUGCCACAUUUAAGGAUGUUCUAGUCGAUGCUAAUAUGGUAGAUAUUGCUAGUGGCCAAGGAACGAGUGGGGCUGUUUCCUUCAAGGACAAACUAGUAGGAGCGGAGAGCCCUGUUGCUAUUACCUUUUCAACAAUCCCUUCUUAUAUGGAAGAGGAGUCUGACGUAGAUGAAGAUCCUGAGGAUGAUACCCCUGUUGUUCUUCUCUCCAAAGCAGAAAAACAGAGGAUCAGAGCCCCUUGGAUGAAUGCUUUAAUUGUUAAGGCUUUUCAUCAUAAACCCCUUGGCUAUAACUAUAUUUUUCCCAGACUGAAAGCCCAAUGGAAACCUACAGGACAUUGGGAUUUUAUUGACCUUGGCCUUGAUUUCUUUCUUGUGCGAUUUCAAGUUGAGGAAGACCUGCAUCGUGUGAUUUUUGGUGGUCCUUGGUUUGUUGGACCCUACUUUCUCACCUUACGGAGAUGGGAACCUCACUUUGUGCCAUCGGAGGCUCUUAAUUCCUUCACAACUACUGCCGUGUGGGCACAACUGCCAAAUCUAUCUGCUGAUUAUUAUGACCCUUCCACCUUACAAAAAAUUGGCAACAAAGUAGGCAAUUUGCUCCGUGUAGAUGCUCAUACGGCUCAUCACACAAGGGGUCAAUAUGCCCGUAUCUGUGUUCAGAUAGAUCUUUCCAAACCAGUUGUUAAAUAUGUCAGAAUUGGAAGAAGAAGACAGAAAGUGUUAUAUGAAGGAGUUAAUGCUCUGUGUUUCUCUUGUGGACGAAUUGGACAUAGGAAUUCUCAAUGCUCUAAUGGCUCCUCCUUGUCUGCUAAUAUCGCUCCAAUGGCUGGUACUAAUAUUCCUAAUCAUUCAUUAACUCCACCUACGAGGCAGAAUAAUGUGGAAGUUCAUUCUAAUCUAGAAGCAACUCAGAGACUAGCCCCUUUGGUGAAUAAUCACUUGCGGAAUGAUAGUCAAAUGCAAGAGGAUCAAGUCCCCUCAAGUGAAUCUUCAAGGCAGGAUGAAUUUGGACCUUGGCUACUUGUUGAGAGACGUCGAAAUAGAAGGAAACCAUCUCAGGUGUCAGAUCAAUCAGAAAAAACUAUUCCGACGAAGAGAGAAGGACGCGGGUCGGGUUCACAGGAUCGUAAGGGCGGGUCUAGACACCAAGCGGGCCAAAUGGCCUCAUCUUCUAACGGUCAACCUAGUGGUUCAUUUAAUGCUGAUCAGACACAUUCUGGCUCCCCUUCAACGGUCAUUAAGGACCCUAUCACUAAUUCCAAGACUGAUGGUAAAGUUUCAUCCAAAAACCUUGUUCGGGCCGGUAACGAUGGGCAACGUCCUAUUGCUAAAGAUCCCAUUAUUGGCCCAAGUUCUGUUAUGGCCCCCAAAAUCCAAAUGGUCUAUCAAAAAAAGAAGUUGUCUAACACAAAUCCUACGGCUAAGACCGUAACUGCCCCCACCAAUCAUAUCCAAGCUAAGCCCAUUCAAGCUUCCGAUGCCAUUCACCUUUCCUCGACCUUUUCUAAUGGCAGCCCACAACCCCCGACAGUUCCAACACCUUCCAUGGUUGUGGAUGAUCAACUUGCCCCCUCUUCCCAAUUCUUAAAUCCCUCUAAUUCCCCUCCCCUUAACUUGGUCUCCAACCUUUCUUCCCCUGAUGAUUUAUCAAUUUCUCCUGUUAAACAUGAAUCUUGUGGCUUUCUUAACAUCAAGUGGAAAGCUCCUCCAUCUGGAAUUGGCUUGGGAUCAUCUAUCUCCCUUUCAACCACAGCUCCUUCGCUCUCACAUCAUCUUCCAGAUCAUGCAUGCUUGGAGGUGUCUGAUCCUAACUCCCAAGGGUAUAACACCUCGGAAGCUCUCCCUAGCUCUUCCAGUACAUCUUACCGCAAUGGUAAGGGACUGGCAUCUUUUCUUCAUGUGGGACCUAAGCUGCAACGAAAGCGACGAACCUAUAGGAAGUCCAAUCAUCCCUAUCAAGCCUCUUCAGCUUCAAUACCUGGUGAUCAAGAAACAUUACUAUUGCCUCCAACUAAUGGGCCCAAUGGAACUGCUUCAUCUUUAGGCCUUGAUGUCUCGAUCUCGAGAGAUUCCAUUGGAAAUGGAUCACAACUUCACUCGGCUCCUAUUCCCCAGUCUGAAGUAACUGAUGCCGAUGGCUCCGUCCAACAUGUGGCCCUUUCCUCUGGGCAAUCAACCAGCCAAGGUGACUUGGGGUCCUCUUAAUCUUUAUUCUUAGUCCAUGAAACUCAUUAUUUGGAAUUGCCGCGGGGCGGCUAGUGAAAGCUUCAGACGACAUGUUAUGGAGU